CCGCCAUUCCCUGCUCCCACUUGCCAUGUGAUCUUAUGCAAGUUACUUAACCAUUUCGUUACCUAUAAAGUGUGGGCAGUACUUCAUUAGGUUAUUGUCAGGGCUAAGUGAAUUAAUUUAUCUAAAGUACUUGCAAAGUGUCUGAUGAAUACUAAGUGCUCAGUAGACAUUAGCAGUUUCCCGAAUGAGAAUAUUGCUUUGCUAUUAUGUGCAGAUUGGAUUCGGGGAAAAUGCAGUCAAAGACUGGUGGAAGAAACUGGACUGCAUGCUGUGUGUGAGUUAAAGCUGCUGGAAACUCCAUUUUUAUUUUACUUGCACAGCCAACAAAGAGAAAAGCUAGAUCUGGGAGUCCCUGUCAAGAAAUGUAAAAGGCUCAGUGUCAGACCAGGAGUUGGAGGUGUCCGAUCAUAUGUUGGGAUCCAGCAGAGCUUCCUCAGCCAACCAGCACGCACAGCCACCUUCCAGCAAAGGUUUGAUGCCCGGCAGAAGAUUGGCCUCUCAGAUGCCCGGCUCAAGCUGGGGGUCAAGGAUGCCCGGGAAAAGCUUUUGCAGAAAGAUGCUCGUUUCCGGAUCAAAGGGAAAGUGCAGGAUGCCAGAGAGAUGCUGAACUCCCGAAAGCAGCAGAGCACGGUGCCCCCAAAACCCCACCAGGUAGCCGAUGCCCGGGAGAAGCUCAGCUUGAAGCGGAGUUCCCCCGCUUCCUUCAUGAGCCCCCCCAUCGGGACGGUGACCCCAGCUCUGAAGCUCACUAAAACCAUCCAGGUUCCACAGCAGAAGGCCAUAACACCACCUCAUGCCCAUCCUGCUGGAAUGAGGAUUAACGUUGUCAACAAUCACCAGGCCAAACAGAACUUAUAUGACCUGGAUGAAGACGAUGACAUUCCAGCUCCCAUUCCUAGUAAACAGAUGAAAUUUGCAGCCUCGGGCAGCUUUCUCCACCACAUGGCUGGGCUGAGCAGUUCCAAGCUUUCCAUGUCCAAGGCCCCCCCUCUGACUAAAGUGGUUCAGAAUGAUGCAUACACGGCUCCUGCUCUCCCCUCCUCGGUUCGAACAAAAGCCUUGACCAGCAUGUCCCGGACACUAGUGAACAAGGAGGAUUCCCCCAAAGAGCUGCCGCCUGCUGAGCCUAUCCUCAGCCCUUUGGAAGGCACCAAGAUGACUGUGAAUAAUCUGCACCCUAGAGUCACCGAGGAGGACAUUGUUGAGCUUUUCUGUGUAUGUGGAGCCCUGAAGCGGGCUCGACUGGUCCAUCCUGGAGUAGCAGAGGUGGUCUUUGUGAAGAAGGAUGAUGCCAUCACUGCAUAUAAGAAAUACAAUAAUCGGUGUCUAGACGGGCAACCAAUGAAGUGCAACCUUCACAUGAACGGGAACAUCAUCACCUCUGACCAGCCCAUCCUGCUACGGCUGAGUGACAGCCCCUCAGUGAAAAAGGAAAGUGAGCUGCCUCGCAGGGUGAACUCUGCUGCCUCGUCCAACCCUCCUGCCGAAGUGGACCCUGACACCAUCCUAAAGGCGCUCUUCAAGUCCUCGGGGGCCGCUGUGACCACACAGCCCACAGAAUUCAAAAUCAAACUUUAAGCGGGGGAGUGAGGCAGCCAGAAGUGGGGGCAGAGGAGGGUGGCUCUGUUUCCCAAAGCAAAGGUUGUGACCAAUGGGCCGUUGGACUGGAGGCCCCAGGUGGGGGUAGAGAGCUUCCUCACUGGACAGACCCUCCUUUCUGUGAUGAGUUCUACCCUGUGCUCUUCUGUAUGUUAACAUUUCCUGUAAUGUGUUUCUUCUCCCUCCACCUUUUCACCAAGGUAGGUUUGUGUUGCUCAGAGUAUCUCUCCCCCUCACCUCAGCCCCAAACUGAGUUCUUACCUAGAAAUGGCAUCCUGGAUUCUCUGCGUGCUUUCUUGUGGCUCCAUGGAAUACAGGGCGGGGCUGUUUGAAGGACACUGCUAUCUCCAGGGGUGAGGGGCUUGCCUCCUUUUUUCUUAAACUUUUCAAGAAAAUGUAGAAUGGAAGUUCCUGCCAUUGUAAUGGGAGCCAGGUCAGCCCCAAAGAUAUGCCACCUACCUGCCUGGUCGGUGGAGGUGACCUGGGUGGACAUCAGGUCACAGGUUCUUGUCCUCUCCCCACAGUUGGCUCCAGACGAGUCUGGUCUGGAGAGCCCUGUUGGCAAGGGUGGGGUGAGGCUGUUGCUCUGACAGGAAGAGUGCACCCCAGCUCUUGGCUGGAGGGCCAUGCUGUGUCAGGCAACUCAGGAAAUCCCAGGGUCAUGUUUCCCUUUUCCUUCCAGUUAGGCUGAGUGCUCCACCUCAGCUCUCUGGACUUCUGGUUGUCACUGCUGGGAUGACUUGCGUUGCUGGUCCAAGUUUUCACUAGCCUGGCGCUCAUCACACCCUGGCUUUGAUGUUAAUGCCACCUCUCCCCUAGUUCUGACACUGUGGGUUUGAACGAUUAUUGAAAGGGGAGAUGUUGGCUUGCAUCUGGCUUGUUCUUUCUGGCCUUGGAUGUCUGCAGAACAGUCAGGGAUGCCGGGAGCCCAUAUGCAGCUACCACCAAGGGUCACUGUCAUCACCACUGUAAGUGACCCAUCCAUCCAUGACCAGGGGGAUAUUUUCCUGCCUGGGCAGUGAGGGGAAAGGAAUGGUGGGUGGUAAGGAGGGAGUUGAGAGAGCAAAGCAGCCCUUCCAGGCAAGCGGUGGGUUACUCAGCAUGGUUCCACAGAGUUGGGGCAAAACUGUAGAACCCAGGGCAGCCCUUGAAUACCAGACAGCAUUGCUUCAGAGUCACUGUCAAUUCUCCGGCUGGUUUGUUGGGGCUGUGAAGGGAGUCUAGGCUGGCAGAGCUGAAGAGAGUUGGGGAGCAGGAUUCUGGGAGCUCUACAGGACCAGUAGCAAGUGCUGUGAAAGGCACAAACCUAGAAAGUAAAGAGGGCUGGGACACUAAGCUGCUCAUGACCUGCUUGGGGCCAGCCCAGUGAAGAAAGCCUGGAAACUCCAGAGAGAGAAAUCUGUCAAGCAGAAGGACCCUGGGUUUGAACACAGCUCUGUCUGCCAGCGCAGGUUGCCCAGGCCUGACAAGUCCAAGGAGUAUGCCUGGUGCUCCCUUUCCAGUUCUUUAAACAUUGCAGUUCUUCCCCUUGAGCAGGUGCAAAUCUAAUUCUCUCAGUAGCUGGAAGACAUUCCUCCUAUACUUUGCCCAAACUUCUUGGCCCAUAGAGCACCCAAGGCAGUAGGACCUUGUUUCUCAGGUCCAGAGCAGUCUGGCCACACUUGGACUCUGCUUCGAGCCGAGAUGGUAAACACUCUGCCUGCGUGGUCACUCUCCCUCCCGUCCCAGGCCAGGCUGCUCUGUUGGCAGAGUGGUGUUGAGCUAGCUGCAGUGCCUGGCCACCUGGACUUGGUCCUCUGCAUAGCCAUGUGGUACAUUGUGGGGUGAAGCCUGUUUGCAUCCUCUGGUCUACAGGAUGGCAUCGUGGAAAACAGAAGAGAAGGUGGGGGCCACCCUGUGUCCCUCUUCCCACUCCCUUGCGUUCCCCAUCUCGUUCAGAAGAAGAGGAAGAGGUAUUAAGGGAUGGAGAAGACUCUGUUACUUACACAUUUCUGAAUAAAUGUUUGUUAUUCCUA